AUGGACAACCAGACUGUCCUGGCCGUCCAGUCACUCUUGGAUGGUCAGGGGCCGGUCCCUGACCCCACCGCCCCGAGCGUCAACGCACCAACCACCAUCCAGUCUUUAGAUGAUGAAGACGUCUUCCUCUGCGGGAAAUGUAAGAAGCAGUUCAACUCGCUGCCCGCCUUCAUGACGCACAAACGGGAGCAGUGUCAGGGGGCCGCACCGUCACUGGCCACGGUUUCGCUGGCCACCAACAGCAUCUACACGCUGCCUGCCGCGGCGGUACCGCAGGCCCCGGCCGCCAACCGCCAGCAGAUCUCCACGUAUAUCACAGUGCCCCCAUCCCCUCUUAUCCAGACCUUGGUUCAGGGGAACAUCCUGGUAAGCGACGAGGUGCUCAUGUCGGCCAUGUCCGCCUUCACCUCCAUGGACCAGCCGAUGGCUCCGGUGCAGCCGCCCAUGCUGAACAGCUUGAAUAUGCACUCGGGGACCGGCUACCUCACCCCUCAGCCUCCUCCUCCUCCUCCGCCGCCUCCCCCUCUCCCACCCCAGCCCCCGCCGCCAGCCCCGCAGGCCCUAGGGGCCCCCGGGGCCGCCGGCUCCGGUGGCGGAGGGGUGGUGGAAGUGUACAGCGCAGCCGCCAGCACCGUGGAGAUCCAGGCGCUGGGGAUGACCCCGUACCCACCAAUCGAGGUGCCGGGCCAGUGCGUGGAGACCCCCGUGUAUCCCAACCCCCCGGGGUACAGUCCCGGGAAACAGGGCUUCAAGCCCAAGGGCCCGAGCCCGGCCGUCCCCCUGGCCCCCUCCAACGCGGGCGGCCUGGCAGUCUUCGACGCCGCCUCGACCGUGAAGCCCCGGCGCCCCAAAGUUGACAACGAGCUGCAGGAAGGGAAGCCCAAGUCUCAGAAGCUCAAGUGCACGUACUGCAGCAAGACGUUCACCAAGAACUUUGACCUGCAGCAGCACAUCCGAAGCCACACCGGGGAGAAGCCCUUCCAGUGCAUCGUCUGUGGCCGGGCCUUCGCGCAGAAGUCGAAUGUGAAGAAGCACAUGCAGACCCACAAGGUGUGGCCCCCGGGCCACGGCUGCACCAUCUCCCAUAACUCGGUGACGGUGCAGGUCAUGGCCCUGGACCCCAGCCGGCAGGAGGGCGAGGAAAGCCCAGGGCUCAGCCAGGCCCCCCGGAGCGCUCCCCAGCCCCCGGUCCAGGCUCCGGCCACGGAGGGGGAGGCGGAAAGGUUGGAAGCCAAGCAGGUGGUACUGAUUGACAGCUCCUAUCAGUGUCAGUUCUGCCCCAGCAAGUUCGGCACUUACUUCCAGCUCAAGUCGCACAUGACGCAGCACAAGAACGAGCAGGUGUACAAGUGCGUCGUGAAGAGCUGUGCCCAGACGUUCCAGAAACUGGACCCGUUCCUGGAGCACAUCAAGAGCCAUCAGGAGGAGCUGAGCUACCGCUGCCACUUAUGCAGCAAGGACUUCCCCUGCCUAUAUGAGCUGGGCAUGCACCAGUAUUCCCACAGCCUCCUGCCCCAGCACAGCCUCAAGAAGGAUGUAGCUGCUUACAAGUGCGUCAAAUGUGUCAACAAAUACUCCACUCCCGAAGCCCUGGAGCACCACUUGCAGACAGCCACACACAACUUCCCCUGCCCUCACUGCCAGAAGGUUUUCCCCUGCGAACGCUACCUGCGGCGUCACCUCCCCACGCACGGCAGCGGGGGCAAGUUCAAGUGUCAGAUCUGCAAGAAGUUCUUCCGCAGAGAGCACUACCUCAAGCUACACGCGCACAUCCACUCUGGUGAGAAACCCUUUCGGUGCUCCGUGUGUGACUCCGCCUUCAACCGAAAGGACAAGCUGAAACGGCAUAUGCUCAUCCACGAGCCCUUCAAGAAGUACAAAUGCCCUUUCUCGACCCACACGGGCUGCAAUAAGGAGUUCAACCGACCAGACAAACUGAAGGCCCACAUCCUCUCCCAUUCGGGGAUGAAGAUCCACAAGUGCCAGUUCUGCAGCAAGGCCUUCAGCCGCCGCGCCCACAUGCUGGAGCACCAACGCUCUCACACCGGCAAUUACAAGCACCGCUGCCCCGGCUGCGGCAAGGGAUUCACCCGCCAAAAGUACCUGAAGGAGCACCGCUGCCGCCUCGGCGCCCCGAGGGACAAGGAACUGCCGGCCCGCCGGCCCCAGAAGAAGCGGCCCGCCCGGGCCCGCAAGGGGUCCCUGCCCCUUCCCCUGGCCGACCCGCUGGGGUUGGCGGGGCUCAAGCGGGGCUCGGAGGGGGGCCCGGGCAAGGAGCCGUUGGCGGAGUCCGACGCCGUGCUGUCCAUCGUGGUGGGGGGCACGGCCGGCGGUGAGUCGGAGCUCGUGGUGCCCGGGCACUCGGACGACCUCGGCCCCAACCUGGCCCUGGCCGAGCUGCAGGCCGGGGCGGAGGGGCCCUGUGCCAUGCUGGCCGUGCCCGUCUACAUCCAGACGUCUGAGUGACCGCCGGGGCCCGCGGGCCAGCGUGGGCGUCAGUUGGUAGGGUCGGCGGGGCGGGGAGGUCAGCCCUCUGGCAGAGCAGAGCCCGGGCCUUCCUACCCCGCCCCAAGGGCUCUGAGCAGGGGAGCAGUGAGCUCCCUCCACGAUGAGCUGGGGAAGCGGCGAGCUCCUUAGGUUCCAAGCAGGGGAACGGGAGAGCGGUGAGCUCCCUAUGCCGCGAGCCGGGAGGAAUGGAAUGACCAGUUCCUUACUCCAUGAGCGGAAGAGGAUGGGCUCCUUAAGGGCACAGUGCCCACUGUGGAUCUCCUCUCAGUGCCAGGAGCUGGGAAGAGGCUGCGGGCAGACUCGGAGUGCUAACCAUGCAAGGGUCUCCUGUCGCUUGGGUGCCGGCCCCUGAGGCAGUCCAUCACCCUCCCGGAAUCACACGGGGACCAGGAAAGUCCUUUUGGAUCGUGUCUGGCCCUGGUGCCCACUGCCCUGCCCUCUCUGCUGCCGGGCUGAUGCCUCCUUGGCUGAGCUCGGGAAGGGCUCUGUUGCCCGGCAGCGGUGGGCAGGUCUCCCUCCUGGCCAGACGGAAGGUCGUUGCCGACCGCCGUUGGUUUCCUAAAGACGGGCAGGCAAGUGCUGCCCCGUUCCUGUCAUUUCCCAGUCCCCACGGGGAGGGAGGGGAGUGGAAAGCUAGGAUAAGGAGAGGGCCCCCAGGGAAGUAGACGGAUCGGAGGCCUAGCCCUGCUGGGGCUGAACGUGGGGCCGCCGGCUUCACAGACCUUGUGAGGGAUCAGUUGGGUGGUGCCCGCCUUCGGUAACCUCUGGUGCCCUUAGGAGCAGUCCCCUCAAUGGGUGGAGGUCAGUGAAGGAGCGUCAACUUCAGUUUCUCUUUGCCUGAGGCUGCAGGAGCCCCGGCGGGAGUUGGCGGGGGCAUAGCAAGCCCCACUCCUCGGGUCAGGCAUUUGCGGUGGGAGCCAAGGAGAGAGCUGCAAGUCGUCACUGGACAGUGACCGUUCCCAGUGGAGCGAGGCUGGCAUCGCCGCCAGGUCAGAGAGUGUUUCUCCAGCGGGCCCUGGGCAGGGGGCCACCCUCGAUGACAAGGACAAUGCUGGCAAACCGUAAGGACACGGGCAGAGCGUUGAGCUAGCUCUAGUCUACUGCCUGCAGGCCGCCAAACUGGGUGCCUAAUGGACGCGGCGUGCCGUACUGGGAGCCCGUUGGGUGCCAGACCCCGAAUUCGGUUCCCGCCGUGGGCCGAGGACUGCCCUGGGUGUACGGGACUUUCCCGUGGGUGGUCGGGGCGCCGUGCUGAGCUCGCGGAGUCAGGCGGAGAGCACGUUCCCUCUGCAAGCGCUUAGUACAGUGCUGUGCACAUAGUAAGCGCUCAAUAAAUACGAUUGGUGAUGAUGAUGCAGUGGGUCAAACAGAGAUCGGAAGGGAGGGUAGAAGUGGCAGCCUGGGCUCGGCUGCUCCAGACUGAUCCCCUCCCUCUGGGUCUUCAGCUUGGGUAGGAGCCUGGCCGUCCUCCUCUUCAGUAAGUGUUGGAGAUGAAGUGAGGAUCAUUUGGUUCAUCGAUCAAUUGAUGGCAUUUAUCCGGUGCCUUCGGAGUAUUAGGUAUUGAACUAAGUGGGAAAGAAUAGCGAUGCAGCGUGGC